AUGAAUUUUCUUCAGGAUAUACAAGACCUAAAUGAUCUCAAGGAACUUCACACUAUUUUUUAUCAUGUCAAAGAUCCUUCAGAUCAAACCUUAAUAAAUGUUAUUGAUGGAUGGCUCAAUUCCAAAGGAACAACAUCAAAUAAUUUAUUUUAUUUGCUUAAUAAAUAUAAAGCUGACGAUGUAAAUUAUGCAUGUAUUCUCGGAGUCUUUUUUCAUUAUGGUAUUGGUGUCCAAGUUAACCAUUUGAUGGCAUUUACCUUCUAUCAACACGCCGCAAAAAAUAAUAACGAUGGGUUUGCGCAGAACCGAUUGGGUUAUUGCUAUCGUGAUUGUAUCGGCACGACAAAGAAUUUGGAUGAGGCUUUCAAAUGGUUCAAAAAAUCAGCAGAAGGAGGCCACAUAUGCGGAAUGCGGACUUUGGCAGAGCAUUAUUAUAAUGGAUUGGGUUGUAAGAAAGAUUUUUGCCGUGCAUUUUUUUGGUACUCAAAAGCGUAUAAUAAUGACAACUCGAGAUCAAUUCAAUCGAUCUCCAUUUGUCAUGAAAAGGGCUAUGGAACACCACGUGAUCUGCAUAAAGCAUUAUACUGGGCAAGAAAAGUUCAAGAUGGUUUUACUAGUUGGUCGCUUUUGCAACGGUGGUUCAACUAA